AUGGCAGUCGACAACCCCAUCCCCAAUGGCACAUCCCAUCCGAGUGCAACAGACCGCGGCAUCCGCAUCGCCAUCGACCGCGGCGGCACCUUCACAGACUGCGUCGGCAACCCAGGCACAGGCAAGAUGGAAGACGACGUCCUCAUCAAGCUCCUCUCCGUCGACCCCUCCAACUACGAAGACGCACCCCUAGAAGGCAUCCGCCGCCUCCUCUCCAAGUUCUCUGGCAAAGACAUCCCCCGCGGCGAACCUCUAGACACGAGUAAGAUUGAGAGUAUACGAAUGGGCACCACGGUUGCCACCAACGCCUUGUUGGAGAGGAAAGGGGAAGAUAUAGCCAUGGUUGUGACCAAGGGGUUUAAAGAUUGUCUGGAGAUAGGGAAUCAGAGCCGGCCGAAUAUUUUUGAUUUGGCGAUUCGGAAGCCGGAGGUACUGUAUAAGAAGGUGGUGGAGAUUGAAGAGAGAGUGACGUUGGAGGACUAUGCUGAGGAUCCGGAACGACAUGUCACCGAGGCGAAGACGCUUGAAGAGGCAGAUGAGGGGGCUGAGCUUGUUAGAGGCUUGAGUGGAGAAGCCGUGCGGAUACUGCGGAGACCCAAGGAAGAACAAAUACGGAGACAGCUGCAAGAGGUGUAUGAUUCGGGAUUGAGGAGUAUUGCGGUGUGUCUGAUGCAUGGGUAUACGUAUCCUCACCAUGAGGCGCUGGUGGGAAAGAUUGCAAGGGACAUUGGGUUUGAGCAUGUCUCGCUGUCUCAUGAGCUCAUGCCUAUGAUUAAGCUAGUACCGAGAGCAACAUCGGCCUGUGCAGACGCAUAUCUCACUCCCGCAAUACGAAAGUACAUUGAUGGAUUUCAGGCUGGAUUCGAGGGCGGUCUGGGUUCAGAGAGCGUUAAGAAAGAGUCGGGUGCCAGAGGUGCAAGAUGCGAGUUCAUGCAGUCAGAUGGCGGCCUGGUAGACGUGGACAUCUUUUCCGGACUGCGAGCUAUUCUGUCGGGUCCUGCAGGCGGAGUGGUAGGCUACGCUCUCACCAGCUAUGACCCAGAAACCAAAAUUCCAGUGAUUGGAUUUGACAUGGGCGGUACGAGUACAGAUGUGAGCAGAUAUGGCAGUGGAAGGUACGAUCACGUGUUCGAAACGACUACAGCUGGCGUUACCAUCCAGAGUCCCCAGCUGGAUAUCAACACAGUUGCUGCCGGGGGUGGAUCACGACUCUUCUUCCGUAAUGGCCUUUUCGUCGUAGGACCUGAAAGCGCAGGCGCCCAUCCUGGCCCUGCUUGCUAUCGAAAGGACGGCCCGCUCACCAUCACAGAUGCAAACUUGUACCUAGGACGGUUACUACCCGACUUCUUUCCCAAGAUUUUCGGCAAGAACGAAGAUGAGGGUCUCGAUGAGAAGGCGAGUGAGAAGUUGUUCAAGGACUUGACAGACCAGAUCAACAAGGAGCAGGGCAAGGAUAUGAGUAUGGAUGAAGUCGCACACGGAUUCAUCAAGAUUGCGAACGAGACGAUGACGAGGCCUAUUCGUUCGCUGACCGAAGCGAGGGGCCAUGAUACCAGCAAGCAUAGAUUGGCGACUUUCGGUGGUGCCGGAGGUCAACACGCCGUGGCGAUCGCAGAAGCAUUGGGCAUCACCCAGAUUCUAAUCCAUCGGUACUCCUCCGUGCUAUCAGCGUACGGUAUGGCGCUAGCCGACGUCGUGGAUGAGCGCCAGGAGCCCGAAUCGAGAGUCUGGUCCGACACAGACCCUGAAGUCAAGAAGUAUCUGCAGAGCAAGAUGGAAGAACUCAAGAAGAAAUCUACUGCCACACUGAACGACCAAGGAUUCGAAGACGAGCAGAUCCAAUUCGAAGAGUAUCUCAACAUGCGGUACAGAGGCACCGAGUCUGCGCUCAUGGUCAUCAAGCCGACGAAAGAAGAAGUUGGCAAGCAGUAUGGUGGCGAUGAGUGGGCGUUCGGCAAGGCAUUCGUCAAGCAGCAUGAACAGGAGUUCGGCUUCACACUGCCCGACCGAGAUAUCAUCAUCGAUGACGUUCGUGCCAGAGGCAUCGGCAAGACGUUCGAGGGCAUGGAGAUGACGGUGGAUCAGCAGCUCAAGGAGAUCAAAGCGAGGGAUCUCAGCAAGGGCGAGAAGAUCUAUGGCCGAAAGUCCGUGUAUUUUGAGGGGGGGAGGCAAGACACUGCGGUCUACAAGCUCGAGGAUCUGGAAGUCGGUGACAGGAUCAAGGGCCCGGCUAUCAUCGCGGAUGGCACGCAGACUAUUGUCGUCACUCCGGAAGCCACUGCGCUGCUCAUACACACGCAUGUCGUGAUCAGCAUUGGAGAGACGGACGGGCAAGAGAAGAAAGUCAACACUCACGAAGUCGAUCCCAUUAUGCUGUCCAUCUUCGCCCACCGGUUCAUGGCCAUUGCCGAACAGAUGGGCAGAGCGUUGCAAAAGACCAGCGUCAGCACAAACGUCAAGGAGCGCCUCGACUACUCGUGUGCCAUGUUUGACGCAGAAGGCGGACUGGUGGCGAACGCGCCGCAUCUGCCGGUGCAUCUAGGUUCCAUGUCUACAUGUGUAACCAAGCAGGCGGAGAUCUGGAAGGGCAAGCUCCAGAAGGGCGACGUGCUGGUCUCGAAUCACCCCAUGUUCGGCGGUACCCACUUGCCCGACAUCACGGUCAUCACACCGGCUUUCAGCGGGGACAAGAUCGUUUUCUAUGUCGCUUCUCGAGCUCACCACGCUGAUAUCGGCGGUAUCCUGCCCGGCUCCAUGCCACCUCACUCCCGCGAGCUCUUCCAAGAAGGCGCCGCUAUCAAGACCGAAAAGCUCGUCUCGCAGGGACACUUCAACGAGGAUCGAAUCACGGAAUUGUUACUCAACGAACCCGCAGAAUGGCCGGGGUGCAGUGGUACUCGCUGUCUCGCCGACAAUCUGAACGACCUCAAAGCUCAAAUCGCCGCGAACCAGAAGGGGAUCAACCUCAUCUCCAGCCUCAUCGAAGACUACGGCGAAGAUGUAGUGCAAUUCUACAUGCACAACAUUCAGGAUAACGCAGAACUCAGCGUCCGGAAUCUCCUCAAGUCCGUCUCGAAACGCUUUGAAGGACAGGAUCUCUCGGCGAUUGAUUACAUGGACGAUGGCUCUCCUAUUCAGUUGAAGAUCACCAUUGACGCCGACAAGGGCGAGGCCAUUUUCGAUUUCGAGGGCACGGGACCUGAAGUGUACGGAAAUUGGAAUGCGCCGGAAGCCGUGACUUACAGCGCCAUCAUUUAUUGCUUGCGCUGUAUGAUCAGUGAGGAUAUCCCCCUGAAUCAGGGCUGUCUGAAACCGAUCACGGUCAAGAUCCCACCGAAAUCGUUCCUCAGUCCGUCGGGGACGGCCGCUGUCGUAGGGGGGAACGUGUUGACUUCACAGCGCGUAACGGAUGUGGUGCUGAGAGCCUUCCAGGCGUGUGCCGCCUCGCAGGGCGACACCAACAACUUGACCUUCGGCUUCGGCGGGAACGUCGCCGGCCAGGCAGCGCAGAAGGGCUUCGGAUACUACGAGACCAUCGCGGGCGGAAGCGGAGCGGGGCCGACCUGGGACGGCACGAACGGCGUUCACACGCACAUGACGAACACGCGCAUCACGGACAGUGAAGUCUUCGAGCGGCGGUAUCCCGUGAUCCUGCGGGAAUUCUGCUUGCGAACGGGCAGCGCAGGCCGCGGACAGCAUCGGGGUGGAGACGGCGUUAUUCGCGAGAUCGAAUUCCGCAUCCCCGUGCAGGUCUCGAUUCUGAGCGAGAGGAGGGUCUACCAUCCCUAUGGACUCGAGGGAGGGGAGGAUGCUGCUUGCGGGAAGAAUGUGUGGGUCAGGCGGGUGAAGCAGGUCACGGGGAGUGAUGCGGAUGCGGAUGCGGAUGCGGAUGCGGAUGCGGAUGCGGAUGCGGAUGCGAACGCGGCCACGGAUGGCGACGAGGGAUAUGAAUACCGGCAUAUCUCCCUGGGCGCGAAGAACACGGCGUCCAUGCAGCCGGGGGAGAAGAUUAUCGUCAUGACGCCUGGUGGUGGCGGGUGGGGCCCUGUGGGGAAGGAAAGGGAACAUCGGGAGCGGGAAGAUCCGAGGAAGGGGUGGAAGGGCGGGAGUGUGGCUGGACGGCAGGCUGAGGCGGAGGCGAGUGCGUAG